UGCCCCUUUUUCUUUCACUGGCCUCGGGCUCGCGGCCGCUUUGGUUCGUAACGGUUGCUGCUGCAAAAUGGCGGCGCUCUCGUAUCCGCAGGCGGCGGCGACGACGACGACGACGGUGACGGCGCCAGCGCCAGCAGUAGCGGUAACGACGACGGCAACAACGGUAGCGGCAGCGGGCUCUGUCUUCCCGCGGCGGGGUAUAGGGGAAGAACAGUUGCUGCCGUCUCUGGAGCCUGAGGAGAUCGAGCGGCGCCUGCAGAGGACCCGCCAGGAGCUGAGCAACAGGCGGAAAAUCCUGGUGAAGAACCUGCGGACGGACAGCGGUAGCCAGGAGAUACAUGAACUACUCAAAGACUAUGAAUUGAAGUACUGCUAUGUGGAUAAAAACAAAGGAACUGCUUUUGUUACUUUGCUGAAUGGAGAACAAGCGUUGGAUGCCAUUCACAAAUUUCACAAGUCCAGUUUCCAGGAAAGAGAGAUAUCUGUUCAACUACAACCUACUGAUAGCUUGCUCUGCAUUACUCAGUUACCUUUGUCCUACACUCAACAACAAUUUGAAGAGCUGGUCCGCCUUUACGGGAAUGUGGAGAGAUGUUUCCUGGUGUAUAGUGAGACAACUGGUCAUUCAAAGGGUUAUGGUUUUGUCGAAUAUAUGAAGAAGGACUCUGCUGCUCGAGCUAAAUCUGAACUUAUGGGUAAACAGCUGGGACCUUGCAUACUGUAUGUGCAGUGGACAGAUGCUGAUCAUCUCUCAGCUGAUUUCCUUCACUCGAAGUGCCUUUGUAUAGAUAAAAUUCCCCACGAUUAUAAGGAUACAACGGAGCUGACAGAGCUCUUCUCUCAGAUGUUUAAGCCAGUUUUCUGUCAGCUUGCCCAGGCCUCAGGUAGCCAUCCAUCUUUUGCAGUGGUGGAGUAUGAAACUGCAGACCAAGCUGAAUUAGUGCAGCGAUCUACUGAUGGAAUAUUUUUUGGCGGUAGCCAAGCCCGCGUUUCAUUUUGUGCACCAGGGCCUCGGGGGCGCAGUACACUCGCAGCACUUAUUGCUGCUCAGAGGUUGUUGCUGAACAGCAGGAAGGGCCUUCUUCCUGAACCUAAUCCGCUGCAGAUUUUAAACAGCCUGGGUAAUCCUGUUGCAUUGCAAUUACUACUGAGGCCUUACUUCCAUGGGUAUGCUGGCAAAAAAAGUAUUUUGGGAAAUACUAGCAACGUGCCAGUUCUGCCAAAUCCUGUACUGACUGCAGCCCUACUUCAGAUAAAUCAAACACAGAAUGCUGUGUUGGGAAAUGGAGUGUUUCAGAAUCUAGUACAAAUGCAAGCAGCACAACAGCAGCUCCUGAACAAGAAGAAUCCAGCAAUCAGCAAUAAGCCCGGUUUACUCGGAGAUCCAUCUGUUUUACUUCAAGCGGCUUUGGGCCGAGGGCCAACUGCAGUGAUGAACCCUGGGAAAGGAAUUUUGGCUGAAUCACCAACUGGUAUUCCAGUUCCAGCAUUGCCUGUUGAAUUCACUAAAGUGGUUACUCAGCCGCUAGUGGGGGCCUUAUCAUUUCAGUCGAAUCAGAAACUCCUGGGACAAAAUACAAAUGAGCAUAAAGCAAUGUUGGAAAAGCCAAAUGUAGUCGUUGGGCCAUCUCCAGUUUCUGCUUCAAUGACUCAGGCACAUCUUCAAGGAAUUCCUAAUUCAGUCCUGAGUAGCUUGACCAGUCAGCAAAAACUGCAAACCCAGCCUAAAGUGUCUAUGAGUAGUGCUGUUUGGACUACUGCAGUAAGCAACCAAACGUCGUUGUUGGGAAUCCCUCCACCUGAUCUAAAAGUACCGAACAAUCCUUAUCUUAACUUUUGCAAUAUACUGCCCAAUCUGAGUUUGCAAGUUGGAAACGCCAAUAAGCAUAAUCCCGGGCAACAGCAGACUGGAGUACUGGAAUCCAUGUUAAAUCCAGCAAUUUCCAGGGCAACCACAGCACCUGAACUGCUGCAGACAUCCGCCUCGCAGUAUGCAUUUGACUGCUAUCCUGAGUACACGUCAAGCUGUGGGGAAUAUUCACAGGAUACCAUGCAACAGUGGUACCAGAGCUAUGUUCCAUCACAUAACUCCUCUGAGGCGUUUGUCGCAGGCUAUGAAAAAGAGCAGUGUGAGGUACCAGCACCAACUUUUGUUCAAACAUCCGUAGCUCCUGGUGAAAUGUUCUAUAAUCAGCAGACAUCUGUAAAUAGCAAUGUGGACUACAGUAUGGCAGUGCAAGUGGUGCCUUCGUAUUAUGCUGGAAGUCAAACCUAUUUCCCUGGAAACAUUCAAACAAGCCAAACCACCAAGCAGUCACUUGCUCCAGGGGCUGGAAUCCUGGGUCCAGCACCAGUGGGAAACCCGAUGACUAAUAUCAAGUCUCCAGUGACUGGUCAGAAACGUGCAUCUUCCUACCUCCUGCCUUCCCCUGAAGUGAGUCCAGAUGGAGGCUACGUUGGGCAGCACUCGCAGGGCCUUGGUGGUCAUUAUGCUGAUUCCUAUUACAAAAAAAAGAGGAUAUUUUGACUUAUUGCUGUGUUGUUUUUGCUGCUGUUUCCUUUUGCUUAAUGCUGGAACAUACUUUUAAAUGUGAAACUGCCCUUUGAUGCAUUUUCUGUUGAGAAAAAGUUGAUUUUUUUUAAAACAAUAUUUUUAAAUGGUUUCCUUAAGUUUUUAUGUUAAAAUAGGAUUUUUAAUCUGGUUCCCCUACUUCCCUCAUCACCUACAUCCCUUCCCCCUCCCACCUUCACAUUACCAUGCAUUUUGAUUCAUGCCUGCUAAAGGCAAUCUUGACCUCCCAUUGUUUUGAAGGCAGCUGCACAAUCUGGUUUCAAAUUUUUAUGGUUAUGGCAGAGUGGGACCAGUUUUAACUUCUCUUGAUCAGUCUUCAUUGAAUGUGCAAGAAGAAUUGUAGAGUUUUCCGCUUAAUCACACUUAAAUGUUUCACAUUAGGAUGUAUUAAGAUUUUUGGUAGGAGGGAAGGAAGAUGGUCAUGGGGAAAACAUUGAAUUACUUUGCCUCCCCCCAGCUAUCUUUCUCUCCAAUAAUUUCACAUCAGGUACACCUCUACAGUUUAGUUAUUGAAUUGCACUUUUUACAGAUUUGUUUGCAUAUGUGGAAUGUUUUUAAUGUAUAUGGGAAUUAGCUUUUUACCAUGGAUGAACCACUUGUUGUCUGACUGCACUAACUGACAUUUAUUUGAUGUAGUUGUCUUCAUUUAUUUACACGUUGCAGUAUGGCCUGCUCCCACUGACCAAAGCAAAAAUGUUAGGGUUUUGUUGUGUGUAAUACAUCAUAUCGCACUUAAAAUUUAAAAUACUUUGUUUUUUUGGCUGCUUUGAAGGUUCUUGUUUUAUUGAUGGGAUGAUUAUACUAUGAAGUAAUUUUUAAUCUGAUUCAUGUAUUUCUGUUUUGAUUUAAUAUGGUAUGUGAAUUACAAUUACUUAGGGACUGUGGUGGUAUAGUCCUAGUUUUAAAAAAAGUUUCUAACUUUUACCAGGGAAAAGCAGGAGUGCAUUUCACUACACUUGAAUCAUAAACUGUGGUUUACUUCCCUGUUUUCUUUUUGAAUAGUAAACAAAGUAAAAGUCUUAAUCACUUUUCUGUUUUUCUUUGUUCUUUUUAGAUUUUUUUCUUGCAAGGUGAAUUUUGUGAUUUUAGUAGCUUUAGACUGAAAGCUGGUACUGGCUCCAGAUACCCAAGGUAUUAUCUUUAAUAUUAUAGUGCUACAACAUAAAUGGGACAGUACUUGAGUCCAUGAAGGUAUCAUGAUUGAGCUGACUGGGUUAGUUUCUAUGGGGCUUUUACGAAACAGACAUGGUUAUAUUCAGGAUUGCUUACUAUUACUGGCUACCAUUCUGUUCCAGCAAUGGAUGAUUAUAUCAAUUAAUACAAGUUAUCAAUAUGACUUUUAAAAAAAAUUACAUUACUACUUUAAAUCUUUCACAUCUAAUGCCAGAAAAGUAGGGAGGAGAUUGUAACGUGUUAAACUAAUCUACUUUUUGUUAGGGCAUUCCAUAGCACACACCUGAAUCUGGGAAGUCAGUUUUUUUGCUUAGGGAUUGAAGCAGGUAAACCCGGAGAGAUUAGCAGUAGGUUCAGUGUUUUGUUUUCUUGUAUAAGGUUGAAUAUAAUCUGGAGGGUGCUUUUAAGUUUCAAUUAGGAACAUACAAAUUAAGGGCAGGAGUAGGCCAUUUUAAGCCCCUUCACCAUUCAAUAAGACCAUAACUGACCUGACUAAUCAAAGAUUCACAUUUCCAGUUAUCCCUGAACCUUCAAAUCCCUUUACAAGAACUUGUAUAUUCUGCCUUAAAAAUAUUUAAGGACUUUGCUUCCACCAUCUUUUCAAGAAGGGAACGUUCCAAAGACUGGC